UCUCUACAAAGUUUGGCCUCCUCGUUCACUCCAUUCGUUGUUGACCCCACUGGUUGCUUCGUCGAGGCGGGGUGGUGGCCCGAGCUCCUCCGCGCGUUUGUACCAUGUUGGACGGCUUCGAAUUUUCUAUUAUUUCCUUGUUUUCGCGCACCUUUGGGAACGCGCAGACAUGUCUAUGAUUGACGUCCUCGACCUUCCACAACUCUACACAAAACCAUCCGCGCAGUCACUCCUCGACACUCUCGCGCUGCUCACGUAUACGCCACGUUCUUGGGACGCCAACCAUACCGAUUUAAAUAAGGAGGGGUCUCACCAUGGGAGUUCACCCGAUCCUCCUGUCUCUGUAAACCCCGAAGGAGUCGCUCGAUAUCUUACCAGCAUUGUGAGCAACAGCCUACAAUGGAUCACAGACGACGAUGCGCGAGAAGAAAUCUGGAAUCAAGCAAGUCUUCGUCUGAGCGAACGCUCAGGUCGGACUGCAAUGGGUUCCAUGUCUCGUAAAUUCCGCAUUCCUACAGCCGAUAGCUCCUUUGAGCUCAGCAUCCACGAGCCAGCAUUGACUGGUGAUGAUCUAGGUCUGAAGACUUGGGCAGCUUCCUACCUCCUAGCGAAAAGAUUAAGGACCUUCAAUCUUGUGCAACCAGGCAACGACAAGCCCAAUGUUUUGGAACUCGGAUCAGGCACCGGGCUCGUUGGCCUCGCAAUGGCGGCUUUAGGCGCAAAUGUUGUGUUGACCGACCUCCCCAGCAUUGCUCCCAAUCUGGCACGUAAUGCACAGGACAAUUCAGAAAUUGUGAACCACAACGGCGGGUCGACGCGGACUGGCGUACUCGAUUGGAAUAAUCCCGCAUCCUGUCAGCUGGUUUGCGAUAACGAUGUCGACGAAGCGUUGACGAGAAAAUUUCCUUUCAUUCUCGCAGCGGAUUCUCUAUACUCUUCCGAACAUCCGCGCAUGCUCGUGGGCGCGGUACAACAAUGGCUAUCCGAAGAUAUUGAAGCCAAAGUGAUUGUGGAAUUUCCAUACCGAGAAGCCUAUUUACCCGAAAUCAAAGACUUUCGCGAGCGCAUGUCUCAAGCUGGACUCUUCAUACUGGACGAAGGUGAGGAGAAAGGCUACGACGACUGGGGCGGGUCUGCUGCAGGCGAGGAGGAGAACGAGGAUGCACUCGUGACGUGUUGGUGGGCUUGUUGGGGACGACAAGCAUAA